UCCUUAUUCAUAUUCAUUUCUUUAAUUGCCGUGAUUCCUCUGUAAUUCUAGAAUAUGCACAUCUUGCUUGUGUUCACAGCCAACUUUUGAGGGCACCAAAAUGGGGUAAUUUUUAUACUUGCAUUCAAUGUGAACUCUUCAUUACUUAUAUUAUACAUUAGAAAGAGAACAAGUUUAUCAUGGUAGGUCAUUGCACUUGUAUUUCAAUGUUUUGAGAAAAAAAGAAUAUAAAAGCAAAGAGAGAAAGACCAUCUUUGAGAAAUGGGUUUUUGCAGAGGAUUGUUGAGAAUGUCUUUUUUGGGGUUUGUUUGGUUUCUUGGUUUUGUGUUGAUUUUGGAUAGUGGGGGGGUUCAAGGUUGGAGCAAAGAGGGUCAUAUUAUGACAUGCCAAAUUGCUCAGGAGCUUUUGGAACCAGAGGCAGCACAUGCUGUAAAAAUGUUGUUACCAGAGAAUGUGAAUGGGGAUUUGUCAGCACUGUGUGUGUGGCCUGAUCAAAUAAGACACUGGUACAAGUAUAGGUGGACAAGCUCACUUCAUUUCAUUGACACCCCUGAUGAAGCUUGCAACUUUGACUAUGACAGGGAUUGUCAUGAUCCUCAUGGGGUGAAGGACAUGUGUGUUGCUGGUGCCAUCCAAAAUUUUACCUCUCAACUCUCACAUUACAGAGAGGGUACUUCUGAUCGUCGAUAUAAUAUGACUGAGGCCUUGUUAUUCUUGUCACACUUCAUGGGUGAUAUUCAUCAGCCAUUGCAUGUUGGAUUUACAAGUGAUGAAGGAGGAAACACCAUACAAUUGCGCUGGUUCAGGCACAAAUCUAAUUUGCACCAUGUUUGGGAUAGAGAGAUCAUCCUUACAGCUGCUACAGAUUAUUAUGGAAAGGACAUGGACCUCCUCGAACAAGACAUAGAGGGCAACUUCACUGACGGAAUCUGGCAUGAUGAUGUUGCAUCGUGGAAGGAGUGUGGCAAUAUCUUUACUUGUGUGAAUAAGUGGGCUGCGGAGAGCAUAACCAUCGCUUGCAAAUGGGGUUACAAAGGUGUUGAGUCUGGUAUGACACUAAAUGAUGACUACUUCAAUUCAAGGCUGCCAAUUGUCAUGAAACGAAUUGCCCAAGGUGGAGUCCGAUUAGCCAUGGUUUUAAACCGGGUUUUCGGUGCGUCGGAUGAGGAUAUGGUGUCAGCAACUUGAUUAGCCAAGCCAAUUAACUCGAAGACUAAAUAAAUUCUACCCAAAAAAAAAUCAUACAAAAUUUUUCUCCAGAAUAAUGUGGUAGUCUUGGGUCACAUAAGUUUUAAGAUAAAGUUUAUCAAAAUAAUUUCUAUUUUUUAAAAUGUCAUUACCAUAUCAUUUCAGUAUUAAAUUUUGUAUAAAAUUGAUGUUUGUGGAAUAUUUUUUUUCUACAAAUUUUUUACAUUCCAACUCCUAGGCUUGACUUAGGAUUAUUUAUCUAAAUAAUGUAUAACAAGUUUUACCA